UACGGUGAAGAUGAAUUAUUAGAGCGUUGAAGUUUAUCUUCUAUAAUUAAAUGAUGCUAGGAUUCUGGAAUCCUGCCAUACUUGGAUUAAACUUUCACACGAGCCACACACACACACACACACAUUUGGAGGCAGAGUGCUGCAUGUAUUAAGUGACAAAGCGUACACGUGAUUCCGAGUUUGCACCAAUGCCUGAGGAAGUCGGAGAGAUGUCCUUGGUGUGGAAUCGUAUGAGGAAAGCUGUUAGUGGAAGUGUGUUGUGCCCCUUCUCCUGCGCUCCGACAGUAAGGUCCCCCGCUUUGUCCCCGCUGUCUUUCUGACUCGGAGCCCAGCCCAAGCCGGCUCCCUGCCAGUCUCCAGCUCCCCGCUCCUGACGUUUGCCUCUUCAUCGUUCUCGGGUUUUUUAAAUCAUUCCUCGGCAGCUUGUCUGUGAGGGAAGGCUGGUGGAUGGCGCGCCUGCCGACUCCAAGGAGUCAGAGGGGAGAGGGAAAGCGAAGGGAGCUGCAGGGGGCGCGGCUCGGCUUGGCAGUGCGCUCCGGCGGAGCACCGACCCGACCAGGAGCAAGCUCACGUUAGCACCUCGCAAGAUGUAUCCCAAUGAUUCUGCCAGGCAUCUGGCCAUUCUAGAUACUGCCAUGGAUGCUGCCAAUUUUACUUGGAAUGGGACUUCAAGCGAUACCCAGUGCAGUGCCAUCCUUAUCUCCUUCAUCUAUUCAGUGGUCUGUUUUGUGGGACUCUGUGGGAACUCCUUGGUUAUAUAUGUGAUCCUCAGAUAUGCCAAAAUGAAGACAGCCACGAAUAUAUACAUCUUGAACUUGGCCAUCGCCGAUGAGUUGCUUAUGCUCAGCGUGCCCUUCCUGGUGACCUCGACCUUGCUCGGGCACUGGCCUUUUGGUUCUUUGCUCUGUCGCCUGGUCCUCAGCGUGGAUGCCAUCAAUAUGUUCACCAGCAUCUACUGCCUGACUGUCCUCAGUAUGGACAGGUACAUUGCGGUGGUGCACCCUAUCAAAGCUGCCAGUUACAGAAGACCCACCAUAGCCAAGCUGGUCAACCUGGCAGUCUGGCUGCUCUCAAUCAUGGUCAUCGUGCCCAUCAUUAUCUUUGCAGGCACAGCCAGCAACUCGGAUGGCUCGGUUUCCUGCAAUAUACAGAUGCCGAAACCUACCAAGCGGUGGCUAGCCGGCUUCGUGGUCUACGCGUUUUUAAUGGGCUUCCUCAUCCCGGUGGUGGCUAUCUGCCUGUGCUACAUCCUCAUCAUUGUCAAGCUGAGAGUGGUGGCUCUGAAAGCAGGCUGGCAGCAGCGCAAAAAGUCCGAGAGGAAAAUCACCUUGAUGGUGAUGAUGGUGGUGACGGUGUUUGUGAUGUGCUGGAUGCCCUUUUACAUUGUGCAGCUGGUCAAUGUCUUUGUGGACCAGCAGGAGCCCACCGUCAGUCAGCUCGCCGUCAUCCUGGGCUACGCCAACAGUUGCGCCAACCCCAUCCUCUACGGCUUCCUGUCGGACAACUUCAAGAGAUCGUUCCAGAGGAUCUUGUGCCUGCGCUGGAUGGACAGUGUUGCAGAGGAGCCCAUAGAUUACUAUGCCACAGCUCUCAAGAGCAGAGCGUACAGUGUGGAAGACUUUCAACAGGACCCGUUGGAAUCCAAUAGCAUGUACCGCAAUGGUACCUGUGCCUCCCGGACCACCACCCUGUGAGUCAGCACAAGGAAGGCAGUUGUACGGCAAACCAAAACAAUCCCAU